AUGGCCUCUGAACAUAACGAUGAUACGUCUGCUCCUCACCCAUCUGGGGUUGAUAACAACAAGAUGGAUGAUGAAGUGCAAAUCUCUGCAGAGACCAACAACCAUGAAGGACUGGAACACACUGUUGGAAAGAUGGGAAACUCUGAUCACUCGGAUGCCAUGAAUACCGACGAAGAUGAUCAACAAUCAUCAUCACCUUCCACUUCCUUCUCCUUUGCAAAUUUUUACAAUGAAUUCCAAAGAUUAAUACAACUACACUCCAUGCCAACUCGCGAAGGUGAAACUUGGUACAUUGUAGAAGCAAAGUGGGUUGCCGCUUUGAUGAAAAUUGAAUCUACUCAUUGCUCUCCCGGACCUAUCGAUAAUAGUCCCUUGAUUUCUACAGAGAGUACGGAUCCUCAAAAUCCUCGACUCAAAGAUGGACUACAAGAACAAGAAGAUUAUGAUAUUGUUCCAGAAGAAAUUUGGAAUUUAUUUAUAAGAUAUUUUGGAGGUGGUCCAGCUUUUCCAAGAAAAACAGUAAUUGUCAACAAGGAUGCCAUCAGAAUAUCAUAUAUGGUUGAAGUUUAUCCAUUCGAAAUAUCGGUUGCUGUCGUUGCUAACGAAAAUGUCAAUGAACUGGAAUGGGUUGACUAUGAAUUCUCAAAGAAUGAUACCAUUGAUGAAGUGUUUGACAAAGUGAAAAGAGACUUCAAUUUGCAAAACAAGGAGUGUAAAUUAUGGAAGGCAAUUAUGGACUCUCCAUCCGAAGAAGUUAAUGUAUCCAUGCUCAGGGAUGAAACGUUGGAAAAUUUGUUGGAACGAAAAGUUGGCCAAAGAUUCAUCAUUGAAGUCGGACCAAAAUGGUCAAUCGAUACUUCAUCUCUCGAAGAAUCACACACCAACGCUAUGAGAACAGCCAGUAGCUCUCGUAUUCAAAUUACGGGAAAGACUGCUCAAGAAAGAAGAAAAAUGAGCUACGAAACUCCAGGAGCUUGUGGUCUGGCAAAUCUUGGUAAUACAUGCUUCAUGAACAGUGGCUUGCAGUGCCUCACACAUACACCAGUUUUCUACGAGUACUUUGUUCAUGACCACUAUGUGAGCGAAAUUAACAAAACAAAUGUUUUGGGUAUGGGAGGAGCUAUGGCCAUUGCUUUUGGUAAUUUAAUGAAGGAAAUGUGGUCAGGUGAGCAUUCUUACGUUUCUCCUAUUGACUUUAAACGUGUCAUUGGAAAGUAUGCUCCUCAAUUUGCAGGCUACCAACAACAAGAUUCUCAAGAAUUGAUUUCCUUCUUACUGGAUGGCCUUCAUGAGGACUUGAACAGAGUUAAAGACAAACCAGCUACAACUCCUGUCGAAGCAAAAGGAAGAGAGGAUGCCGUUGUUGCAAAAGAAUCAUGGGAUACUCACAAACUUCGUAACAAUUCUAUUAUUGUAGACAAAUUCCAAGGUCAAUUGAAGUCAACCCUCCACUGUCCAAAGUGUGACAAUGUAUCCAUUAUAUUUGAUCCAUUCAUGUAUUUAACGUUGCCCAUUCCAGUUGAGAAAAAUAGAAAGAUUUCAUUUUUAGUGUUCCUAAACUCCACCUAUCCAUAUGAAAUCGAACAAACCGUGGAAAAUGAUAACACCAAGAUAAGCAACAUGCCAAUCAAAGUAUCUUGCAUUGUUAACAAGCAUGGAGCUGUGUCAGAGCUUAGAGACGCUGUUUUGGAACAAUUAGGGUUUAAUCCAAAAGAAGAUCAUGAUAGAUGUCUUAUUUACGAAAUAUUUAACAACAAGGUCUACAAGUUCCUUUCAGAUAACGAUCCUAUCAAUGGAAUUUUGGAAAAUGAUACAUUGCAUUGCCAAAUUAUGCCAAAGAUUUCAGAUUUGAAAUAUAACGAAUGGGUUUUCACAGGAAAAUCUUUUGAAAGAUUACUCUCUCUACCUCCUAACGUUCAUGCUCUAUAUUCCAGUAGACAUUCCUAUGGAUCCUCUAGCUCUCAGCAAUUACCAUUCUUGCAAGUUAAGCUUACUUCUUACGAAAGACAAUUUGAGCAAAUUGGCUGUCCUUUUGUGAUACCUUUGGGAAAUAUAUAUGAGGCUAAGGCACAAGAGGGCCAAGAAGUAGAUUAUCCAACCAAUGCAGACGUUUAUGAGUACUGCUUCUAUUACAUGCUUCGCUAUUUCUCAAAAGAUUUUCUUAAUACUGCUAUGGAAAAUAUCAAGCAGAACAAUUUGAACAUUUAUGACCUAUUUCCAACCAAGCAAAAGAUUGAAGAAAUCAAGAAAAAUGCAUAUGACCGAACAGCGACUGUUGAUGAAUCAUUGAACUCCAUGUUUUAUUUGUCUGAUGGAGAGAACUUCACUCGUUUUAAUGAGGACACUCUUGAUGGUGUCAUUCCAUGUGACGAUUCCGUAUUUAUUCCACCAGUUGAACGACCAAAUAUUUAUGGAAAAACAUCAAGAAAAACCAUUUUCAUGCAUAUCCCUACCAAACACAAGAGGCAGUUACUUGAUUACGUUGCACUACCACAGUUCAAAGAACAUCCGUCUUUAAGCCAAAAAGUUAGCAGCGGUGAAGGUUGUUCCAUUUAUCAAUGUUUAGAAGCCUUCACGAGCAAGGAAAAACUUAGUGCUAACGAUACCUGGUAUUGUCCAACUUGCAAAGAUCACGUCCAAGCAACUAAAAAGUUUGACAUUUGGAAAGUUCCAGAUGUAUUGGUUGUGCACUUGAAACGUUUCUCUUUCACAACUUACAGUAGAGAUAAGAUUGACCGUUUUAUUGAUUUCCCAAUCCAAGAUUUUGAUUUGUCCAGUUAUGUACACUGUAAGGAUAACAAUCUCAAGUAUGACUUGUAUGCAAUUUCGGAUCAUUUCGGAGGUUUGGGUGGUGGUCACUAUACUUGUUGUGCUCGUCAUCACUUGAAUGGAAAAUGGUAUAAAUUCGACGAUAGCAGAGUUUCGGAGAUUAGUAACCCUGAGAGUAUCAAGUCUCACUCCAACUAUGUACUUUUCUAUGUUAGAAAAGACUCGUACAAGGAAUAA